CGGCCGGGCGCGGGCGCGCUUGCGGGAGGCGCGGGCGGCGGCGGAGCCGGCGGCGAUGGGGAGCGGCGGCGUGGUCCACUGUAGGUGUGCCAAGUGUUUCUGUUAUCCUACAAAGCGAAGAAUAAGAAGGAGGCCCCGAAGCCUAACCAUCUUGAGUCUCCCUGAAGAUGUGCUCUUUCACAUCCUGAAAUGGCUUUCUGUUGGGGACAUCCUCGCUGUCCGAGCUGUACACUCCCACCUCAAGGACCUGGUGGACAGCCAUGCCAGUGUGUGGGCAUGUGCCAACUUCCAGGAACUGUGGCCUUCUCCAAAGAACCUGAAGCUCUUUGAAAGGGCUGCUGAGAAGGGAAAUUUUGAAGCUGCUGUGAAGCUGGGCAUAGCCUACCUCUACAACGAAGGCCUGUCCGUGUCUGAUGAGGCCCGUGCGGAAGUGAAUGGCCUGAAGGCCUCUCACUUCUUCAGUCUGGCCGAGCGGCUGAGUGUGGGCGCAGCACCCUUCAUCUGGCUCUUCAUCCGCCCGCCGUGGUCGGUGUCCGGAAGCUGCUGCAAGGCUGUGGUGCACGAGAGCCUCAGGGCAGAGUGCCAGCUGCAGAGAACUCACAAAGCAUCCAUCCUGCACUGCCUGGGCAGAGUGCUAAGUCUUUUUGAGGAUGAAGAGAAGCAGCAGCAGGCCCGCGACCUGUUUGAAGAGUCUGCUAAUCAGGGGUGUUUGACCAGCUCGUACCUCCUCUGGGAAAGUGACAGAAAGACAGACAUGUCGGAUCCUGGACGAUGUCUCCACAGCUUCCGGAAACUCAGGGACUACGCUGCCAAGGGCUGCUGGGAAGCGCAGCUGUCUCUAGCCAAAGCCUGUGCGAACGGCAGCCAGCUCGGGCUGGAGGCGAAGGCAUCCGGCGAGCUGGUCUGCCAGCUGUUCCAGGCUUCCCGCGCCGUCAGUAAGCAGCAGGUCUUCUCCGUGCAGAAGGGACUCAAUGACACCAUGAGGUACAUUCUGAUUGACUGGCUGGUAGAGGUCGCCACCAUGAAGGACUUCACAAGUCUGUGCCUGCACCUGACUGUGGAGUGUGUGGACCGGUACCUGCGCAGGAGGCUGGUGCCCCGGCACAGGCUGCAGCUGCUGGGCAUCGCCUGCAUGGUCAUCUGUACCCGGUUCAUCAGUAAGGAGAUCCUGACCAUCCGCGAGGCCGUGUGGCUCACGGACAACACGUACAAGUAUGAGGACCUGGUGCGGAUGAUGGGAGAGAUCGUGUCCGCCCUGGAAGGGAAGAUUCGAGUCCCCACAGUGGUCGAUUACAAAGAGGUCCUGCUGACCCUGGUCCCUACGACACCAAGAACCCAGCACCUGUGCAGCUUCCUCUGUGAGCUGUCCCUGCUGCACACCAGCCUGUCUGCCUACGCCCCGGCCCGCCUGGCUGCCGCAGCGCUGCUCCUGGCCAGACUGACGCACGGGCAAACACAGCCCUGGACCCCUCGGUUGUGGGAGCUCACUGGAUUCUCCCAUGAAGACCUGGUGCCCUGCGUCUUGAGCCUUCAUAAGAAGUGCUUCCACGAUGACGCCCCCAAGGAUUACAGGCAAGUGUCACUGACUGCCGUGAAGCAGCGAUUCGAGGACAAGCGUUACGAAGAAAUCAGCCAGCAAGAGGUGCUGAGCUACGGCCAGUUGUGUGCGGCACUGGGAGUGGAACAGGACAGCCCGGAACCCCCAUGUUUCCUCAGCACAGGGGACCUCCACACCUUCCUCAGCUCUCCCUCCGGGAGGAGAACCAAACGGAAGCGGGAGAACAGCCUCCAGGAGGACAGGGGCAGCUUCGUCACCACCCCCACUGCAGAGCUGUCCAGCCAGGAGGAGACGCUGCUGGGCAGCUUCUUGGACUGGAGCCUGGACUGCUGCUCCGGCUACGAGGGCGACCAGGAGAGCGAGGGCGAGAAGGAGGGUGAUGUGACAGCUCCCAGCGGCGUCCUCGAUGUCACUGUGGUCUACCUGAACCCAGAACAGCACUGCUGCCAGGAAUCCAGUGAUGAGGAGGCCUGCCCGGAGGACAGGGGAGGCCAGGACCCACACUCCCCAGCGCCGGGCACCCAGACACCUCCAACCCCAGGGCCUGAGCCCCCACACCACGUCAGGAGGGAGCCGGGCAAGGACAUCACAACCUCAGGGUACUCCUCCAUCAGCAGCGCGAGUCCCACAAGCUCUGUGGAUGGCAGCUUGGGGGGCCCACCCCCACCUACCUCAGUGCUGUCCCUGGACAGCGACUCUCACACACAGCCUUGCCACCAUCAGGCCAGGAAGUCAUGUUUACAGUGUCGUCCCCCGAGUCCCCGGGAGAACAGCGUUCCCCAGCAACAGGUGAAGCGGAAAAACCUAUCCAUGCAUAGUGAGGAACAGGAGGAGGAGGACAUGAACUUGGGCUUUCUGAAGCUGUGAGUGUGUGUUGGUGUGUUUGCUGCCGUGAAUGUUUACCGAGGGAGGCUGCUGUUUCGCUAGCAAGGGAUGGGCCACUGCAGAGGAACGCUAUUUAGACCCUAGAGUUCGUCACACAGAGAGCAAAGAGGGUAACUCGUAGCCACCAGGGGAGCCCCGUGUGCACCCUCAGAAUGUCUGAGUCAGAACGAAAAGCUCAGAUACUUCUGUUUGGAAAGUUUAGCCUCCCAGCAAGCGUGCCACACCGUGUGAAGGCUCUCUGUGCCCUCCCAUGUUCCACUGUCUCUGGAAGCUUAAGCCGGUGUGUGUCCUGGUCUUCCCAGCCCCCACAGGGCCCCACGCCAGCAGCUGACAGCUUUCACGCUCAGAGUAGGUGCGACCCAGGCAGCCUGGCACAGCUCACGCCCCUGCCUGCAUCUGCCUGGUUUGGGCCCCAGCGGGGAGCUGGCAGCUCUGAGCACAACACUGCCCCUCACCCAGCGUGGCCUCGUGGGGCACCCACUCUCUUCUGGGUGGUGGGUUCUGGCGAGGAGCCCAUGCCCCACACAGCAGUGUGGACGGUGUGGCCGCCAGGCGUGGGAGCUCCCUUCGAUGCCUGGCCACAGGCUCCCCUCCUCUGCUCAGUUUUAGAAAUCUGCCCCUCCCCCAGGAUGGUUUGCCUCACAUGGGGUGUCAUCUCUCUUCGUACUGAAUUUCUGGGCCAUUCUUUUCCUGUCUUUUAUUUCUAGACUUCCUUCUUCUUUAAAGAUGAAAGCAAAAGGAAAAUUAAAAAUAGAGGGUAUUAAAUAAAAAAAAAAAACGAGAUUCCCAACAUUAUUUAGGGCUCAACUAAAAAAAAAAAAGAAAAUCUGACCUCAGCCCCUCAAUUCUAUCCUGACACUCUUGAUUCAAAAAGAAUUUCCCCAGAGUGGUUAGCCAGAAAAAACUUAAAAGUCAUCUGUAAUGUCUGAAAUACCCAGGAGGCAGGAGAGCAGGGGUCAAGGACUUGCCCGUAAUGGCCCCUGACCGUGUGCUCCUGCCCUUUCCCGCUGGCCAUGGAGGCUCGGCUCUGUACACUUACCGUGAUCUCUCCCGGGCUCGGUUGACGACUGACACACACACCCUGCUAGGACACACUUUGUUUCCUCUGGAAAUGUCAGGAAGAACCACUUAGCCAGGAGUGUCCCCCAAAUGCUCUUGAACCAGAAAUACAGGGAUGUGGAGAUGUUAGCUCAGUGGUUGCUCUUCUGUGUGCUCGUAUGUGUGUUGGUGUCUCCGUGGCAGCUAUCUUUUUGCUACUGUAAGAGAAUUCUGCCCACACUGGGUGGCGCGUGGCUGGGGUGAGGAGAACCCAGGCAUAGGAAUUGCAGACCUGUCCUGUCGACUGCCCCUGGACAUGUGUGAGCCUUAGUUUCCUCAUCUGUAAGAUGGGGCAAUGAUACCUACCUCACAGGGGUGUUGUGAGGAUUAAAUGUGACGGAGACAGUGGCAAA